UAGAAACAAUCCGUCCGCUGUCAUGGCGGUAAAGGAGAAUGUUUUGUAUCUUUCCCUGCUGUUAUUACUUAUAUGUGUGGCUUUUUUACACUUAAUUAUAUGUCCCUUCACAAAAGUGGAAGAAAGCUUUAACCUGCAAGCGGCCCAUGAUCUUCUAUAUCACAGAUUUGACUUUGACAAGUUUGACCAUCAUGAGUUCCCUGGUGUGGUGCCCCGAACCUUCAUCGGCCCCCUCUUUGUCUCCACCCUCUGCUCCCCCGUAGUCUUACUGUCGUCUCUGCUGGACACACCCAAAUUCUACAGCCAGCUUAUGGUCCGCGCCGCCUUGGGAGUGUUCGUCAUCGGUGCGUUAUGGCAUAUGCAGCGAGAGGCGAGGAGGCAGUUCGGCUCGACGGUGGCGAUCCUUUUCUGCCUGACGUGCACGUCGCAGUUCCACCUGAUGUUCUACAGCACCAGGACACUUCCUAAUGUGUUUGCGUUACCGCUAGCUCUAAUCGCAUUCACGUCUUGGAUGGCUCAAAAAUACGGCAGCUUUAUCGUCUCCUCUGCCUUCGUCAUCAUCGUGUUCCGGAGCGAGCUCUGCAUCUUCCUGGGUCUCAUGUUGCUAAUGUCGCUCCAGAGUAGGAAACUGGCUUUCUUACCACUUCUCCGCUAUGCUGUUCCUGCUGGAUUGCUAUCAUUAGCUCUAACAGUGGCCAUUGACACUUUCCUUUGGAGGAAACUUUUGUGGCCAGAAGGUGCAGUUUUAUGGUUCAAUGUCUUUCUCAACAAAAGUUCCAACUGGGGAACCUCCCCCUUUCUCUGGUAUUUCUACUCCGCAUUACCCCGUGCCUCCGGAUACACGCUGCUGUUCGUUCCGCUCGGCCUCCUGGAUCGGAGGAUGAGGGUCCUGCUGCUGCCCACUGUGGCCUUUAUCCUCAUCUACUCGCUGUUGCCACAUAAAGAGCUGCGCUUUAUCCUCUAUACUUUCCCUGUCUUCAAUUUGGUGGCUUCCCGAGGAUGCUCCUUUAUUUUGUGCAACUACAACAAAUCCUGGAUGUAUAAACUUGGAUCAGCUGUGGUGAUGGGUCAUCUAUUGAUGAAUGCCGCCUACUCCAGUAUGUGUCUCUACAUUUCCCACCACAAUUACCCAGGGGGCCGAGGGAUGCAGCAGCUGCACCGGCUGUUGCCCGCCACAGCAGAUGUAUCUGUUCACAUCGACACAUACGCUGCUCAAACUGGAACAUCUCGCUUCAUGGAGGAGCAUCCACACUGGAGAUAUGACAAACGGGAGGAUUUGAACCCUACAAGUCCUGAAAUGAAAACGUUCUCACACCUACUGAUGGAGGCAAACGCCACAAAGAUUGAAAUGCUCCAAAACACCCACAGACCUCUGGUAUUUAUCGAAGGCUACAGCAGAAUCGCUCUCGACAUGUUUAGUUUCCCUCCUUUCAGGGUGAGACUGGAGAGGAAAAGCGUGCUCAUGCAGAGGACCACGUUCCACGAGGCCAAGUUGUCGAAUUAAAUGGGCUGUUUGCAACUUGCAAACCAAAAAAUAUAACAAGAUCAUCGCCGGCUAGUUUAUGUUACCAUUAGUGGUUUAACAGAACAUAUAAACUGGUGUAUACUAGGGAUGUCCCGAUCCAGAAUUUUGCACUGCCGAUCCGAUACCGAUAUUGUUUUUGCACUUCCGAUCCGAUACCGAUACUGGCCUAUCCGAGCAUGUAUUAAAGUUUAAAGUUAUUUAGCCUACUUAGUUGUCAGAAUCAUGUUGAAAAGGGUUUUAGUACUCUUGAUAACAACUAGCCAGCUGAAUUAGGGGAGUUUGAAUAAUACACAAUGGUUGGUAACAAGAAACUGACCUGUUUAUUCAAGGAUAAACACAAAAUAGACAAAAUUAUACAUGACAAACAGAAAUGGCAUCAUUGAACUAGGGCUGGGCGAUUUGGCCUUUU